CCGCAUGACAGCAGUCGCCGUCUUGACGGUGCCCGAGCUUUUCGCGCAGAUCGUGUCGUACCAAGCAGGCCUUCUCGCGAGUCUGCACGACUACGUUGCUGCCUGGCACGCCACCGUGUUCCGUACGCUACCACGGAUCGUCUAUGACGUGGCGCGCUCCGAGCGGCGCUGUCUGCUGCACCACGCGAUUGCCACUGCAAAGUCAACGCACUUGAUCCGCGCCAUCAUCGACUGGCGGCCCUUUUGGCUCUCGGGCCUCGCCAUCGAUGUUGCAGCGGCCGCCGGUCAGCUCGAGCUACUGCAGUACUUCCACAACGAGCACCCAACACUCAUAGGCUCGUUCCGAGCGCUUGACCGGGCGGCUGGCCACGGCCACGGUAGUGUCGUCCGCUUCUUGCAUCAGUUUCGCUCGGAAGGCGCUUCAGUCGCCGCGAUGGACGAUGCCGCCGGCAACGGGCACCUCGACGUCGUACGCUUUCUACAUGCGCAUCGUGGAGAGGGCUGCACGACGGCCGCCAUCGACCGUGCUGCCGCCGCAGGCCAUUUGCACGUCGUGCAGUUUCUUCUUCGGCACCGAAGCGAAGGGUUCACGGCCUCGGCGGUCGCAAGCGCACGGGGCCAUGACGGCAUCGCGUGUGUUUUGGCUCGGUAUCAGUACAGCCACCACCGGCACUAAGAUAUAGUCGACAUGUAAACAAUAAUUGCAAUUGCGAAACUUUGCC